UGGCAGCCCUGCCAGGAGGAAGUUGACAGUUUGACUUCAAACACGGUGACGCAGGCUCCGCACUGCCUGCACCCCAACCCGACCUUGCCGUCCCGCCCUCUUCCUCCCGAGGAGACAGGACCGACGCCUCACCCGCGGGUGCUGAGCUCGCCCAGGACGGGCAGGAGCAGGCCGCACCCAUGGGGUCCCCGCCGCUGGCCGUCGCAUGCCUGCUAGGGACGCUGGUGGCUUCCUGCUUUGGCUGGCCCAGCGUUGAAGACGCAGACCUCAAGGUGCGACUCGGGGGCUCCAGCUCGCCAUGCCAGGGCCAGCUGCAGGUCUACGUGCAGGACUCCUGGAGCACGUUGUGCGCUCAGAGCUGGGGCCUGGGGGAUGGCUCUGCCGGGGACGCCCGUCAGGCCGCCUACCUCUGCCAGCAGCUGCACUGUGGGGACGUCUGCAGACUCCGCACCGGCCCUGCCUUCAGGGCGUCCUCAGCCGGGCUCCCCCUGGUCACCUGCCACGGAGCCCUGGGAUCCUUCUCCAACUGCAGCAGCGCCCCAGGCCGGUGCCAGACACUGGACCUGGUCUGCCUAGAGCCCCGGAGAACGCCACCACCACCCACGAGCCCACCACCACCGACCACACCGGCACCCACAGCUCCACCCAGGCUGUGGCUGGUGGCGGGGCCCGCUGGGUCCAGGGGCCUGCAGUGCGCGGGUACUGUCGAGUUCUACAGCGGCCGCCUGGGCGGUGCCGUCGGCUACCAAGCCCCGAGUGACGAGGAUGACGAGCUCCAGCGCCUGGGCACCCUCCUCUGCAGCAGCCUGGGCUGUGGCUCCUUCCUGAAGAGGCUGCCGGGAGCCGAAGCCUCAGAGCCGAUUCGGUGGACGGUGCGGAACGCAAGCUGCUCGGCCCUGCCGCAGUGCUUCCAGAGGGCACCAAGCGGGGCGGCCAGCCCGGCCCUGGCCCUCCUCUGCUCCGGUUUCCAGCCCAAGGUGCAGAGCCGCCUGGUAGGGGGCGGCAGCACGUGCCAGGGCAUCGUGGAGGUGCGCCAGGGCGGCCCGGGGGCACGGUGGGCGGCCCUGUGCUACAGACCCGGGAGCUCUGCACGGUGGGACGAGCUGUGCCAGGAGCAGCAGUGCGGCAGUUUCGCCACCUUCCGCAAGCUGGACGCCGGCGCGGGCACCCACGGGUUCCUCUGUCCUGGGAAGCAGCUGUCCCAGUGCCACGAGCUGGAGGAGAGGAGCCCCUGCCAGAGGGUGUACGUCACCUGCCAGGAUCCCCACCCCCCAGGCCCGGCCGCGGGCACCGUGGGGAGCAUCGUCCUGGCCCUGGUGCUCCUGGCUGUGCUGCUGGUGGUGUGCGGCCCCCCGGCCUACAGGAAGCUGAUGAAGAAAGUGCGCCAGAAGAAGCAGCGGCAGUGGAUCGGCCCAACAGGGAUGAGCCAGAACAUGUCCUUCCACCGCAACCACUCGGCCGCCGCGCGGCCCCGGGCCGAGGACCGCCCCGCGUCGCACGCGGAAAACGAGUACAGCCAGCCGCCCCGGAACUCGCGCCUGUCCGCCUACCCAGCUCUGGAAGGGGCCCUGCGCCUCUCCGCCGCCCCGCCUGACAACUCCUCCGACAGCGACUACGACCUGCACGCCGCCCAGAGGCUGUAGAGCCCGCUGGGACUCCCGGGAGCGCGUCCACCGCAGCACGGCAGGCGGAGCCGAGCCCCCUCAGCCGCAGCUGCCAAGACGUUGCUUUUGAGAAGACAGUUCCGAAAGCAAGACCCCUCGUGGACUGACCUCACUGUCAGGUGCUGAGAACUGCAAGUGCCCCCAGGAGCUGAGCAGGAGCCUGAGGCCUCGGGCUGCCUGGCACCUCGCACAGCACCCAUCUGAUGUGCUAAAGAACCAGAAGGAGGCAGCGCCACGCCCCUCUGGAGAAGCCCGCUGCUGGGCCGCAGCUGCCCCGAGUCCGAGCUCCCAACCCACCCCCUCACACACCCCGGAACUGGGCGCCAGGCUCAGGAAGCCGCGGGACAGACCUGCAGUCCCCCCCCCAGACAGACGUGCGGUCCCCACCCCUACCCACCCGCCAGGACGAGGCAGGGAGCUGGGCCUCGGGGACCCAGGCGAGGACGGCCACCCAGGGGCAGCCACCCCAUGUGAGGGGCCCUCCAUGUGGACGCUGCAAGUGAGGCCCUUCAGCAGAGAUUUGGGGAGCCCAAGGGAACCCCUUUCCCCCCUGGCCGCCCCUGCCCCAGAGCCUUGGGCUUCUCCUUGGACACCACCCUGACACACAGUGAAGGAGCCUCCUGGGGGUUUGUGUGGUGCGCACUGAACGUGUUUGUUCCGUAAAUGAUGCUUGUCCUA